CAUAACAAUAACCCUAAUGGGGAGAUGAUUAUCGUAAAUUCCAUUGUCCUAUAUAGCAUUGACACACCAUUUCCCAUCAGUUCAGUUUCAGCUUCAGAGGCCGACGCAUAACACAAGUUGAAACCAAAUAGCACACAGACACGCAAGCUACUCUGAUCAAUUGUUCUAAAUAUAAGGUGGGGGUGUCGUGUUACCGGGCCUGUGACCAUGGUUUUGAUUAGUGGCAACAAGAGUGUCUUGCAACAAACAAAUGAUGAGAGGGCCAAAGCACAAGGUAUUACAGUGCUGCAAAAUUCGCAGCAGCAAGGAAACAAGAAUGUGGAAAGUGCACGGACGCAGAAUGUGGCCAAUGCUGGCUUGACCAAAGCAAUGACAACAAUGGAUGAAUUCAAGUCUGGAUUUCCGUCAGAAGGCUUAUCAGCCACUUCAAAUAAAUGGUGGGGUAAUGGGGACCAUGAUGAUUGUGCAGGCACUAGUGCCAAUGGAGCCAAGACUCAACCUGAGGAGAAAGCAGGGGAAGCCAAGAUGGUACAUGAUGAAACAGCGAAAGCUGGAAACAGCGAAACUCCUCAUGGUUCAUCUUUAUUGACCGCUGUGAGGAAAAGGGUUGUUGAUGAAGGAAGAGAAGCAUUGAAAUUAGGAGUUUUUCGGGGAUAUGGCAUAAACAAGCUAAGCAAAAGGGAGAAAAUACUGCUUCACCAAAUAUUCGGAUCUUCACUGCCAAAGUCAUGGAUGGAAACAUGAUUUUAGUAGUUUAGAGACAUUGUCAUUCUGCACAGCUCAAUACUAUUUCUGAUUUAAUGAGGGUUCCUUUUCUUUCCCUGGUU